AUGAGCGAAAAACAAGAAUAAAAAGUUGCUGAAACUUAAGAAUAAGAUUAGGUUUAAGAUGAUGGUUAAGAUAAAGUUGAUUAAAAAUUGAAUGAAUAAACAGAAAAAUCUGAAUAAGUUGAAGAAUAUAAAGUAAAUAGAUCUAAUUUAGAACAUUCAAAUGAAGAUAAAAAAUUGGAUCAAAAUGAUGAAUAAAAAUCUGAGGAAGACUAAAAAAACGAUUAAGAGCAAUUAGAUGAAUUAAAAUAAAGCGAUGACGAAAAAGAAAAUAAUUAAAAUGAAGAUGAAGAUGAUUAAGACUCUUAAGAAGAAAUACCUGAAAGUGAAAAGUCAUUAGAGAAAGCAUUAGAAUUCAAAGAAAAAGCAAAUAAAUAUUUUUAUGAUCAAGCAUUUGAUGAUGCUAUUGAGUUUUAUUAUAAAGCUUUAAAAUAUUGUCCUUUGUCAGAAACAAAAUAGUGUUCAGUUUUGAACUCAAAUUUAGCAAUUUGCUACUUAAAGAAAAAUGAUUAUGAAACUGUCAUAUAGUACUCUUCAGAAUCUAUAAAAUUAGAUCCUAAAUUUAAAAAGCCUUACCUUAACAGAAUAACUGCUUAUGAAAAAACAGAAAAGCUGGAAGAAGCGAUUGAAGACCUUAAAGAGUUAGAAAAGUUAGAUCCUGAUGACAAGCAAAUCAAAACUAAAAUAUUUAUCAUGUAAAAAGAUCUAGAAAAGUUAAACGAAAAAAGAAAAACUGAAGUGCUUUCAGGAUUAAAAGAUUUAGGAAAUACUAUUUUAGGUAAAUUUGGUCUAAGUUUGGAUAACUUUAAAUUGAAUUAGAAUGAUAACGGUUCCUAUAAUAUUUAAUUCUCUAAAUGA